AUGGCUGAGGUUGACUUUUCAUCAACAGGAUAUGAGGAGAGUAAAACCCUCCCUACCCACAAAUGCCUGAUGGUCAAGCCUUCCAGUCAACCAACCAUCACUUGGCCAUCUUCGUCUGCCCCACCAAAGCCCAACUCCAGGACCAAAAAGAAGAGUCAUACGCCAGUUGCGAUCACUUCUCACAUAUUGACUUUACCUCCUCAACCCCAUGGAAGCAAUGGUGCCUCAGAGGAACAAUCUCAGCUCCCAGACAAACAUCCCAUCAACAAAGGCACCCCAGAUCGCCCUGAAACCUCAGCUACCAAGAAGACCACCCCAGUCACUCUCAAUGCACCCAAUUGUGCAGCCGAAAACAUUGGAGACCAAUCCUUACCUGAAGAUUCCCAUGACCCUUCCAAGUCCCCCACUACUGGUAAUUCCCACAAAUCAACUGCUCCGACUCGGAUCUUGACCCGUGGACGCUCUAACCCUGUCGAGGAGUCUGGCCCAUCAACAAACGGGUCAAAUAAGAAACGCCGCUUGGAUGAAGACACAGACUCAUCUCCCAGCGAUGAUGAAGACGCUCCUACUCACCCCCGAUCUUGCAUUGCUUCAUCUCUCACUCCGCUUCCCAAAGAUGAUAAGGCCGAAGACCAGCCAACAGUCCCUAAUCAAGAUGAUCCAAUCAACCCGCCUGACUCUACCGCCAUCAACUCACCUCCGCACAAUCACGAGGCUGAGCCUUCCAACGACAACCAACCAUCAACCAUCAAUACCGCUCCAGCCAAUUCAAUCAUUAAGCUGGAUUCUCUCCGUACCUGCAUUCACCAAAUAGCCACAGAAUUUUGGAAAGGACGAGUGACCAAGACCAAGUGGGAGCAAGGGUGGGACGCAGCCCAAUACCUCAUGCAUUUCCGUCUUGACACUCCUCAUGUUACCAAAAUUCCAACAGCUACUUUUGUCUACAACCAAGCCCAGUUCAACUACAAAAACUGGAUCAAAGAGAUUGUUGAAUCUGCGACAGAAAUUCUUGCUCCUUCGAGUCAUGAGCCAUGGUUUAUUGAGGAUCUUAUCAACUUCACUCUAAUCAAAAAGCAAAUAGCAUCAGAAGGGACAACCAUUGUCAGCGCCUCCCAAUCGCCACAUCCAGAAUUCAAUUUCUUCCGAGCUGUACGUUCCCUGAUCAAAUUCCCGCCGCCUUGUAUACUCCGUGAAUGGGCCAAGACCGUUGCACUCUCAGUACAAACCAUAUCGGAUGAAAACCCUAAAGCUCCUGAAAUUCAGUCUGCGCCAUCUAGCCUCAGACAACACAUUAUUGUCCUUACCUGGCUUAACACCUUGAAGAAUACCAUGCCAAUACUUCCACAAAUCACGGACGGUCAACCUGAGGAUGGGAAAGUAACCAACUCCUUGACCACUGCCCCUUCCACCUCUACGGGCGACACACUAGACGAUCUUUGA